AUGCCAGUUUGUUUGGUUGCCAAAUCUGCAAAACAAAGGGAAAAGCCCCAGACAACAGAUGGCAUAGAAUGUACUUUGAAGAUAGUUCUGCUCCUUUGCAACCUUUGGAAGACUUCAAAACUGGCAAUCCUGAAUCAGAAAGCACAUUUACGACUUGAUCACUGUGUCCCUUACCAAGGAGACAAAAAAUUUUAUAUCCGUCCGGAUGAUACUUUUUCCACCACAGAAUACCCAUUUUUCAUACCAAGAACUAGUCUUGUGACAAUUGGCAACUGUAUCACAAGUUCAAGACCAUAUAUACCAGUAUCAUUCCAAGGCAGUUUUGAUAAUGUCUUCUCCAAGAUUGACGGCACUCGUGCAGUAGAUUGGCUUGACUUUCUUCUGUACAUUGUUCCCACUCUUGUUGUCCCAUUCUUAUCAAACAGGGCUGUGAAAACUGCGGUGUUGUCACUUGUCAAAGGUUGUGCACUGGCAUUGCAAUGGACGCUGACUUCGGAGUUGCUGGAUGAGAUGGAUGUUGUCUUCAGACCAGUACAGCACUAUCUUAUGCAUAUACCAUUCAUUGUCAAGCAACUAGGUCCACUUCGAUGCUACUCCACUCGAUCAAUGGAGAGAGUAAUUGGUGUCUUUUCCAAGCUAAUCAAGUCUAAGUGCAAGGGCGGCCGUAAUGCCAGUUUUCUUGUGGAGCGAUUUACAUUGCAUAACUAUGUCAACACGGCCAUCAGUAUCCAGAACGAAAUUGAUCUUAUUCAGCCCAAGCCGUAUGGUAGAGAAAGUCAUAUGCAUCUUCCUAAUGAUUUUAGUGGUGCGCAGUUGUGGGAGCCAUUUCAUCGAUUUGCUCAUUUGAAUGAUGAUUUGGUGGAAGGUGUAAGCGGCCCUAGUGUGAAGGAUGCCUUAACUAGAUACUAUCAACGAACUUCAGGUUUGAUGAUUUCCAAUAUUGGUGAUUUUACGAUUGUUGUUGCUGGUCGUUUAUGGAUGAAUCCGACCGUGUAUUCAUCUUGCAUGUAUCAACAAAGAAGAAAUGAAAGAAGCCGCGGUAAUCAUUACAUGAUGUUUACCUGUCCUUACAGAAACUGGCUCGUUAGUGUGGUGAUAUUCUUUUUCCAGCAUGAGUAUUCACUUGUCUCUCUUCGUUUCCUUGCUUUUGUUGAAGUAAUGAAGGAACAUGACGCGGCUGCCCACGACUCAUCUGUACCAAUCGUCAAACAGCGGUCACAAAACAGCUCAACAGGUCGCCAAACACAACCUACAUAUGCAGUAAUAAGUGUCAAUGAUAUUCGUCAUCAAGUUGGCCUUAUACAAUACCCACCAAAUGGAAAUCAGUUCUACAUAAUUUCAUCUUAUUAUGUUUUCAACAAUAAUAUGCGCAUUACAAAGGGCAACCUUUCUAUUUUAUAA